GCGGUUCAAGCAUUCAGUGUUCCUGAGUGACGGUGACAGUGACAACUCCCUUGUGACUGUCUUUUUGACGGGCGACCACGAUCGCGCUACGACACCAAACUCUGUCUACUACCUACCGUUGCGAUACUCUUCUACCUUUUUCACCGCUCCAAGUUCACUGACCAAAUCCCCUCGUACCACCAACACCACCCAAAAUGAGCGACCGUCUCUCGCAACUCCAAGAGGCUGUUGACCAGCUAAUGGAGCAAUUCAUAGCCACCUACUUCUACAUCGACCGACACCACGACCUCAAGACCUUCAGCCCCAAAGACACCAUCGCGCCCUCCAAAGCCGACCAGCCGCCCGAAGUUGACACCCUCCCCCCGGACGUGUUCCAAGCAGGGCAGCUAGAACUUGCGCGCGACCUGAUCACGCGAGAGCAGCAGAUCGAGUACCUGAUUUCGAGCUUGCCGGGCCUCGAUAAUAGCGAGCAGGACCAGUUGCAGAGCAUCAAGGAGCUCGAGGAGGAGCUGAAUGUGGCGGAGAAACAGAGGCAGGAGGCGGUCAAGGAGAAGGAUGAGGUGUUGGUGAAGUUGGAUCAGACGUUGAGGAGUAUUAGGCGGUAUUGAUUGUUGAGGGGUGAAUGGGUUGAGCAUGCAUAACAUGAAAGGGACGGUGCUGGUAAUGAGGUUUUGACAUUUGGGAGUUAAGCGACUACGGGUAUGCUUUCUUUAACAUGAUGGCAUUUGGGAUCACGGCGUUCAGGGGGGGGAAUUACGAGAAGGAGAAGGACACUUGGCUUUGCGUCACAUAAAUUGACUCUCGGUUGAAGGAUGGGAAAAAAAAAAUCCAAAGUUCUCAGCCAUCUAUCUACCUAUAUGCAAAGUUGAACUCCGUGCUCUACCUAUAUGA